AUGGCGGAUCUACAAGGUCGAAAGGUCUUCAAGGUCUUCAACCAAGACUUUAUCGUGGACGAGCGCUACACCGUUACCAAGGAGCUGGGCCAGGGAGCCUAUGGUAUCGUUUGCGCCGCCGUCAACAACCAAAGCAAUGAGGGUGUCGCCAUCAAAAAGGUCACCAAUGUCUUUAGCAAGAAGAUCCUGGCCAAGCGCGCCCUGCGUGAGAUCAAGCUCCUUCAACACUUCCGAGGCCAUCGCAAUGCUGAGGACGAGGCUAACCCAUGCGCAGAGUUGAUGGAGUGCGAUCUUGCUGCAAUCAUCCGCUCAGGCCAGCCCUUGACCGACGCUCACUUCCAGUCCUUCAUCUACCAGAUCCUUUGUGGCCUGAAGUAUAUCCACUCAGCGAAUGUCCUCCAUCGUGAUCUGAAGCCCGGAAACCUGUUGGUCAACGCAGACUGCGAGCUCAAGAUUUGCGAUUUCGGUCUGGCACGUGGAUUCUCGGUCGACCCGGAGGAGAAUGCUGGUUACAUGACGGAAUACGUCGCCACGAGGUGGUACCGCGCCCCUGAGAUCAUGCUGAGCUUCCAGAGCUAUACCAAAGCUAUCGAUGUCUGGUCCGUGGGCUGCAUCCUCGCCGAACUCCUCGGCGGCCGACCAUUCUUCAAGGGCAGGGACUACGUCGACCAGCUCAACCAGAUUCUUCACAUCCUCGGAACGCCCAACGAGGAGACCCUGUCCCGCAUUGGCUCGCCCCGCGCUCAAGAAUACGUUCGCAACCUGCCCUUCAUGCCCAAGAAGCCUUUUGCCUCGCUGUUCCCCAACGCCAACCCAGAUGCCCUUGACCUGCUGGACCGUAUGCUCGCCUUCGACCCGUCUUCGCGUAUCAGUGUCGAGCAGGCGCUCGAGCACCCGUAUCUGCAGAUCUGGCACGACGCAUCCGACGAGCCGGACUGCCCCACGACUUUUGACUUCGACUUCGAGGUAGUUGAGGACGUGGGCGAGAUGCGCAAGAUGAUCCUGGAGGAGGUCUACCGCUUCAGGCAGACCGUCCGGACGGUCCCAGGCUCUGGCGGAGCCCAGCACGCCGGGCAGCAGGGCGGUGCGAGCCAGGUACCCAUGCCGAGCGGUGGGGCCACGGGUCAGUGGAGGACCGAGGACCCUCGGCCUGAGGAGUCACGCCGAUACUUGUUAUCGGAGGAUGCUGAGGUCGACAAGUGUCCUGGGUACAGAGAGCACAGCGACGCGAUGGGGCAAGACGACUGCGCAUUCGAGGACCUGAGCUCAGCGCAACAGGACGAAUACUGGCUGCGGGUACAGAAGAGGCUGGGAACGGUGAUGCAGAUGCUGGGAGACCAGCCAGACGUCAGGUCGCCCAAUUCCGUCGUCUCUAUCUCGGGCGCUGGUCGAGGAGGCAUGAGGUGCCUCCGUGAAAAGUGCGGAGGGAUAUACACUGAGUAA